AUGUGGUGGAUGCUGUUUCCACGCUGGAUCUGGUUCCUGGCGUGUGUGUCACUGUGGAUGGAGACCCAAGUCGGAGUUCAGCCGGAGAUCAUUUAUUUACACGCGGGGAUCUGCCCUAAUGACAUGAACCCGAACCUGUGGGUGGAUGCAAUGAGCACCUGCACGCGAGAAUGUGAAUCUGACCGGGUAAAGUCAGCAAACUUAGAGACAGGAGUUGACUUAACACCUGUGUGCUACUUUCUGCAUCCUGUUUCUGUGUAUGAUCAUAUUUUAUGCACCUGCACCUCUCAGAAUUAUUUCAUUUUAUCACAUCUGGUUUCUAGUUUGUAAUUCUAACUCUGUUUUAUGAAUGGAAGUGCCCUCCAGUUUCACUGCACCUCAUCUCUCUGUCUUUUCUCUUCUAGGAGUGUGAGCCUUUUGAGAAAUGCUGCCAAAAUGUCUGUGGGAAUAGGAGUUGUGUUGCGGCGCGGUAUGUGGAUGGGACCAAAGCCCCAGUAGGAAUGCCUAAAGAGGCUACCUGUUCCAGUUUCAUGUGCAACCAGCAGGGCUCUGAGUGUGACAUCUGGGACGGCCAGCCGGUGUGUAAGUGCAGAGACCGCUGUGAGAGGGAGCCGCACUUCACCUGCGCCUCAGAUGGCAUGACCUACUACAACAAGUGCUACAUGGAUGCAGAGGCAUGCUCCAAGGGCAUCACCCUGUCUGUUGUCACCUGCCGCUUCCACCUUACCUGGCCCAACACCAGCCCCUCACUGCCCCAGGCCACCACCCUCCGUCCCACCACUGCCCCCAUGCAGGCAACUAUCCCGCCUCCCACUGAGCCCCAGCCUCCUGUGGUGGUCAGCAGCCCUGUUCACCAGACUGUGAAUGUGGGUGACACAGCCAGCUUCCUGUGUGAUGUCACAGGGCGCCCGCGGCCUGAGAUCACCUGGGAGAGGCAGCUGCCUGAGGGUGCAGAGCGGGUGGUCAUGAAGCCUAACCACGUGCAAGGAAACAUGGUGGUCACUAACAUCGGACAGCUGGUCAUCUACAACGCCCAGCCCCAUGACUCAGGUGUGUACACCUGCAUGGCUCAGAACCCAUCAGGUACAGUCAAGGCCAACCAUCCUCUGACUGUGUUACCCUCAGACCCUCCAAAGACUCCCAGGCCCAAGAAUGUGACCCGCUGUCUGCCUGAGGAGUGUGUGAAGCCCCCUGAUGUUUCAGAGGACUGUGGGAGCGAGCUGGAGAAGGUCAGCUGGUACUAUGAGCCCAAAACUAACAACUGUUUCUCCUUCACCCACUGCCACACCAACACCAACAGCUCACCACCCAGGAAAGUGUUUGACAUGUAUGAGGAGUGCAUGCAGUGCUGUGGCCCUGAGGUGUCAGGUCCAUGUGGGCUGCCCAGCCUGCAGGGCUCCUGUAAGGCCUAUGAGCCGCGCUGGGCGUACAGCAGCACCCUGAGACAGUGUCAGUCCUUCAUCUACGGAGGAUGUGACGGCAAUGACAACAACUUUGAAUCCAAAGAAGCCUGCGAGGAGAUGUGCCCCUACCCCAAAAACCACCACUGCAAGGCCUGCAAGCCCAGGGGCAAGAUGGUGACAAGCUUCUGCAGGAGCGAUUUUGUCAUCCUGGGUCGUAUGACGGAGCUCACAGAGGAGAAGGACUCGGGUCACGCCCUCGUUACUGUGGAGGAAAUCCUCAAGGAUGAAAAGAUGGGGCUCCGCUUCUUCGGCAAGGAGCCCUUAGAGGUCACCUUCCAGAACAUGGACUGGAACUGCCCGUGCCCGAACAUCACUGGCGCCGCCGCAGAGGGCCAGGUCAUCAUCAUGGGUAACGCGAAUGACGGCAUGGCUGUGCUUCAACCUGAGAGUUAUGUUGGUGCCUCCAGUCCUCGCCGCAUACGGAAGCUGCGAGAGGUCAUCUCCAAAAACACAUGUGAUAUUCUCAAAGCCAUCACUAACAGCCCUCAGUAG